AGAAACCUCAAGCAGAAAAAUGGAGAAAAAUGCAAAUUAAGCAUUAUGAUACUUUGAAGGAGUUGUUCGGAGCUGAUAGAGCUACUGGUAAAGGGGCUGCUACUUCACGAGAAAGGAUUCAACAACUUGAUAGAGAUUCCAUUGACUUGAAUGACUCUUUUGAAAAUGUUGGAUUUUCUGACAUAGAUGUGAAUACGGGACAUGAUAUCCCAAUAUUUUCUGUUACUUUAGAUUCACCAGGUGCUCCUCAUGGUCAACCAAAUCAAUUAGGAGGGAAUUCAACUUCGAGAGGUACAAAGCGUAAGUCUCCUAUGAAUGAUUUUUUGGAGGCACAGUAUGAGAAAGUUGCUUUGGGAAUUACUACCAUGGCCGAUGCUGUAAAAGAGGGUAGUUAUCUGUCUAGCAAGCUACAUGACGUGGCUCAGAGGCAGGUUGAAUCAGCUGAGAGACAAGCUUCUGUGGCUGAGAGGCAAGUUUCAAUCGCCGAAAAACAAAUCUCAUUAAUUGAAAGACAAGUCGCGAUUGCUGAAAAAGGAUUAGUUAUUAUGCAAUAAAGUAGGCCUCGCAUUUACAGUGAAUCAGAUGUAUGGGAUAUGUUGACUGAAUUGGGUCUAGUAGGUUCAUUUUGGAUGCAAUGUUAUCAGUUUUUAUGUGAAAACGAGCAAAAAAAACGUCAAGUUUUUGGGAUCCCACCUGAAAUGUGACUAGAUGCACUUUUUCAUUUCAUGACUGCUGCUGGUGUUCGCUUAGGAGAUAUGGUACUUCUAGAAAACAUUCACCAUUACAGGAAUCCUAAAACUUGAAAAUGUUUGCGACCAAUGAGUACAUAGGACAACUAGAAAUUCAUCAUGUGUUAAUAUCUUUAACUCGGAAAAACUUUAUUUUUUUGAAGUAGAUAGGUACAGAUGACUCAAGCUAUGUACAAUUGAUUUUUUGGACGUAGACCUAUGCUGAUUAUUCUGACCAUGAAAAAUGACCCUUUUGAAAAGUGUUGUGUGGUGAUAAAAUGGUACUAUUUUAGAGUCCUGGUCGUUGUUACGUUUUUUGCGUUUUGUUAUAUGUUUAUAGAAAUUGUAUAUGGUUUUUUGUCACACGUAGUAAGAAAGA